GGGAGUGGAGGAAGUCUUGAGCAGCCUGGAUAUGUCGGACCCGGCGGCGCAGGCCUUGCAACCCCGGCUUCUCCAAGCCCAGUCCGCUGGGUCAGCGGGGUCCAGUACUGCUGGGACAGGGUCGGGGUCGGGAAAUAGUGACCCAGCCAGACCAGGACUUAGUCAGCAACAACGCGCAAGCCAGAAGAAAGCCCAAGUCCGGGCUUUCCCACGGGCGAAAAAGCUUGAGAAACUUGGCGUAUUCUCCGCAUGCAAGGCGAGUGACACAUGCAAGUGCAAUGGAUGGAAAAACCCGAAUCCUCCAUCAGCCACACGUAUGGAUCUGCAACAGCAAGCAGCCAGCCUGACCGAGCCCUGCCGCAGCUGUGGACAUGCUCUGGCUGAUCAUGUGUCCCAUCUGGAGAACGUGUCUGAGGAUGAGAUUAACAGGCUGCUGGGGAUGGUGGUUGAUGUGGAGAAUCUUUUCAUGUCUGUCCACAAAGAGGAAGACACUGAUACCAAACAGGUCUACUUCUAUCUUUUCAAGCUGCUGAGGAAAUGCAUCCUACAGAUGAGCCAGCCAGUGGUAGAAGGAUCCCUCGGAAGUCCACCUUUUGAAAAGCCCAACAUCGAGCAGGGGGUUUUGAACUUUGUUCAGUAUAAGUUCAGCCACCUUGCACCAAAGGAAAGGCAGACCAUGUUUGAACUGUCAAAGAUGUUCCUUUUGUGUCUGAAUUACUGGAAGCUUGAGACACCAACGCAGUAUCGCCAGCGUACACAGAAAGAUGAUGGGACCGCAUACAAAGUGGACUACACCAGGUGGUUGUGCUACUGCCAUGUCCCACAGAGUAACGACAGCUUACCGCGCUAUGAAACCACGCAUGUGUUUGGCCGGAACUUGCUCAAGUCCAUCUUCACCGUUACCCGUCGGCAGCUCCUGGAGAAGUUCAGGGUGGAGAAGGAUAAACUGCUUCCAGAGAAACGCACACUUAUUCUCACACACUUUCCCAAGUUCUUGUCUAUGCUGGAGGAGGAGAUCUAUGGUGAGAAUUCACCCAUAUGGGAAGCUGACUUCACCAUGCCUGCCUCAGAUGGCACACAGCUUGGGCAUCCAACAGUGCUCAGUCCUGCUACGGUGUCUGGCUCUCCUGCUCUGACCAAGUGUCUGAGCAGCAGCUCCUCUCUGGGCAGCAUGGAUCCUGGAAGUGGGGAGGUCGUCACAGGAGAAAAGCGUAAACUUCCCGAGGCGUUGACCCUUGAGGAUGCCAAGAGGAUCCGCGUGAUGGGAGACAUACCUAUGGAGCUGGUCAAUGAAGUCAUGAUGACAAUCACUGACCCUGCUGCUAUGCUUGGACCAGAGACCAACCUGCUGACGCCAAAUGCUGCCCGAGAUGAGACUGCCAGGCUGGAAGAGAGACGAGGCAUCAUAGAGUUCCAUGUCAUCGGAAACUCGCUUUCCCAGAAGUCCAACAAAAAGAUCCUGAUGUGGCUGGUCGGCCUGCAGAACGUUUUUUCUCAUCAGUUACCUCGCAUGCCCAAAGAGUACAUCACACGACUGGUGUUUGACCCGAAGCACAAAACCCUAGCCCUCAUCAAAGAUGGCCGCGUCAUCGGAGGCAUCUGUUUUAGGAUGUUUCCUACUCAGGGCUUCACGGAGAUUGUCUUCUGUGCCGUCACAUCCAAUGAGCAAGUUAAGGGCUAUGGCACCCAUCUGAUGAACCACCUCAAGGAGUACCACAUCAAACACAACAUCCUUUAUUUCCUCACUUAUGCUGACGAGUAUGCCAUCGGCUACUUCAAGAAGCAGGGCUUUUCCAAAGACAUAAAAGUGCCGAAGAGUCGAUACCUGGGAUACAUCAAAGACUACGAGGGUGCAACCCUCAUGGAGUGCGAGCUGAACCCUAGAAUCCCGUACACCGAACUCUCUCAUAUCAUUAAAAGGCAGAAGGAGAUCAUUAAGAAGCUGAUUGAGAGGAAGCAGAGCCAGAUCAGGAAAGUUUACCCAGGUCUCACCUGCUUCAAAGAGGGAGUGCGACAGAUCCCAGUGGAGAGCAUACCGGGGAUAAGAGAGACGGGCUGGAAACCCAGUAGUAAAGACAAAGGAAAAGAGGUGAAGGACCCUGAUGUGUUGUACAACAUGCUGAAGAACCUCCUGGCCCAGAUAAAGACUCAUCCUGACGCCUGGCCCUUUAUGGAGCCUGUGAAGAAAUCUGAAGCACCAGAUUACUACGAAAUCAUCCGCUUUCCCAUCGACUUGAAGACCAUGACAGAGAGACUCAAGAACAGAUACUAUGUAACCAAGAAGCUUUUUAUUGCUGACCUGCAGCGAAUCAUCACCAACUGUCGUGAGUACAACCCUCCGGACAGCGAGUACUGCAAGUGUGCCAACACCUUGGAGAAGUUCUUUUACUUCAAAUUGAAAGACGGAGGCCUGAUUGAGAAAUGAACCCAAAAGCAGAAAUAUUCACUGAUCUGACAAGGAGCAACCCACACUGCUGCCAAACGCCAAGAUAAAGCAGAUGACAAGGAAAAUAUUGCUAGCAGUUGUCAUAUCUGAGUUAAUAAAAGGGUAUGUACAAGGCAAAUUUUACAAAAUAAUUCUUGGAUUACAACACAUUAAAGAGUGGGGGUGAGGAUUUGGAAAUAUCAAGAGUCAAAUUAGCAUCCGCUUCGUUAUCCUCUGACAUACUACCUUUCCAGUGCUGGCAGUGGGUGAACAAUCUGCAUAUACACGACGUUUCAUUAAGUGUACCAAAGUUACAGCUCUGAAGUUAUAACGAUGCUAUUCUUUCAACCGUUACUUCUAGUGCAAUUGACCUGGGUUUGUCACAUUCAAUGACACUUGUUCAUUCCAGUUUUGUCAAGCUUAGAACAGAAAAUGGACCUCGGGACCUAAAGCCACGUUGCCUUCCGUUACUGACAGACACUUGAACAGCUCAGCCAUUUUCACGGGUAUGACAGUAAAUGUUCUUGAGAGGCGAAAGAACAUUUGAUGAGGAAAGAUGAGCAGUACUUUUCUCAGUAGUACUGAAACGAUUUAACCAGACAUUUAGUGACAAAUGAAUACAAGUGUGCAACUGGUUUAUGAGGUGGAAAUGUUUGCAGGCUGUCAACACUUAUUGGUUAUUCUUAACAGCAUAUACGGAUCAUCGUUGAAUAUCUUCUUUUACGCGUUGGUUAGGAAAAAAAUAGGCAAUUAUUUUUUGGGUUCAUAUUCCAUAUUCUUUACCUCGAACAAAUGAGUAAUUAUGAAAACGACAUUACAGAUAAAUCAACACUAAAAGUCUGCUCUAUCAGUGAUGGAUUGUACAACGAAUCUCUCCAGCAAACAAACUAAUUUGGCAAAGCGCUAUCUUCAAGAGGACAAUGUUUCUGAGUUAACAACGUAAUCGCUACUUAAUUAUACAUGGAAGUUAACACAUGCUGUUUAUGCACCAUUCCACUGGCAGGGUUUUAUUCAACUAUGAGGUCACGCGUAGUAUAGCUUUUACCAUGCUGUCAGGUGUCAUUGUAGAUGUAGUCACCUCCACACAUAUGCUAAAGGGUCUAAUGUUUUGUGUACCCACACAUCUUGGGGCGACUCCAUGUUUACUGGAUAGAAGACAAACAUUAAUGGGGGGAGAAGACUCAGCAGCCCAUGGAAAGAUGACUUUGGUUUAUUUAUCACAGGCUAUGGUGGUUAAUGCAUGGCAGACAGUUAACAUAAAGAAAACGCAAACAUCCAACUCUGGUCACUGUUUUUCGCAGGUUUUUUUUUUUUUUUUUUACAAUGUUAGAAACAUUGUAAAAACAAAAUUUCAUUGAACAUUUUAUUUGUUCAACAGUGUCAAACAAAGUGCUUCCUGAGACGCAUCCACUUUUUUCUGGGAAGUAACUGUCGAAUGCUGGUUGAGCCUGGUUGUUGACAUUUUCUGUUUGUGUGCUCGCGUGUGAAUGUCUGUUUAUUUUGUACUUGAACCAACGACAAGCGUUGCAUUGGUGAAGUGAUGUCCGUGUUGCAUUAUUCAGGGUUGUCAAUUACGUAGUUCACCGUCAAUCUACCUAUGCUGCAUUUCGGAUUUUCUUAAAAGGUCAGUCUGAGUGAACCUUCCAGCGUGUUUGAGGAUGGUUGAUGUCGAGUUAUGGUAUAAAUACCAUCUACUGUAACUGUAAUACUGUACUCAUGACAAUAAAGUGUUUGUUUUUUAUAAA